CGAUGGAGAUCUUCGCUUCAGCGCCUGCGAGAGACCCGCCGCGACAGGACACUCCCGCCGGGACUGACGCAGUUAAGGUCGAUGCCAAAUACGAUCAGUCGCCUGAGGAGCUUACUGCAACGCUCCUCGAUGGCCAAACCAGCGAUCUCUGCGACAUUGCCGUCGAGGCAAAACGCGCGAAAGUCGCUGACGACGUCGAACACCCUCAUGCCUAUUCGACAAACGAUGCUUCUACACUCGCGCCCUCGUCAGUGAGCUCGCCGAACGACGCGGUAAAGAAAAUCGAAGUCGGAGAGAGCAAUGCAAUAUCACCUCAACUCUUUUCGGCGGACGUGACAUCAUUGGCAAUGCCUGAGCCUACGUCAAUAGUCAUGAAUUCAAAGUCACCGGGGCCCAAGAAGGACAGCAUAUCUUGGAUGUUGACGAAAAACACGACAGUAACCACAUCGUUGACGAUCGAAGCUCUCAUGGAACGUUUCCGCGAAGAACGAAUGCCGUUCCUCAUCAAUUUAAAGGCCAGCGAUCGCGUGGACAUCAAGUGCUAUAAAUACAGGCAAUGGUUUGCAGCCAAGGUCAUAAAAGUCUCGGACAGAACGAUCAAGAUUCAUUUCAACGGAUUCAAGAAAGACUACACCUACGACCGCUUCGACUACAUGCACAUUGCACCGCAAGGCACGUAUGUCGAGCGUUACGACCCGUCGCUCGGGGCGAAAUGGAAGCCCCAACCUUCGGCCAUCGACGCUGAUUUGGGAGGGCUGACUUACAUUCCCGAGAAGAAGCAAAAAAACACACAAGUCCCCAAGCGAGCUCGCCCAACACCACCAAACAAAGAGGCAAUUGCGGGCGAAGUGAUUAAGAAGUCUGUGUCGCGGAGCCGUGCAACUCCGAUUGCCGAUCCCUUCGUUGACAAGCAGGAACGUCUGGUCGCUGACUCGCUACCGGUUAUCAUAAAACCUUCGCCUUCAAAACGUCUCAAAACCGAACUAAAACUCGUCCCGUCCGACCCAUUCAAAGCCAAGGGAAUCAGCCGCGAUGAACUGCCGCUCUGGCUUGCUCCAACGAGUACGGUCAAACCCACGGGUGACUUCCGGACUGAACUCGAACGAGAACAAGAAGUGUGCUCAGCGUGUCUGGAAGUAGAGGACGCGGAGGGGACUGAGUACGUAUUGUGCGACGGACCCUGCCUUGGCUCGUACCAUCUUGGAUGCGUCGGCUUAUCCAGCGACGACAAGCUCCCGGACGAGUGGAAAUGCGACAGCUGCGUGAGCCAUGAAUAUGAGUGCCUGAUAUGCCACAAAUUUGCAAUCGCCGGAGAAGCGCUCGUCAAGUGCGCGCUUGAGCACUGCGGCAAGUUCUACCACCCCGAGUGCCUCGUAGAGCACCCGCACACGCAAGUCGGUCACAAACACAAGACACUUGUGUGUCCUCGCCACACAUGCGACAACUGCAGCGGCAAGAAAGGAUCGGAGGGGCUCAUGAAAUGCAUGUACUGCGCGACGGCAUAUCACCCGCUGUGCAUCCCGCCGAGCUGUCGCUUCAACAAUUAUGCAAUGGUGUGUGGCAGAGAUAAGGCCAAGAAGUUGCCGUCGAUUCCCGACUUUUUCGGGCCGGACAAGAUUGUGUUUGAUGGCAAAUUCAAGUUUCCCGACAUAUUCUUACCCAAGUUGCCGCCGCCGCCCAAAGUCGACGACGAAGCUGAAGUUGCGGCGGCAGCAUUGAAGCUCCAGCAAUUCCAGUUUCGCUUGCCCAUGGCGUACUUGGACGAAAGCAACGCGCCGCCUCCGCGCUUCCAAAAGCUGCGCCGAAACCAGUACCAGUUCAAGCCCAUCAAGCUCGACAUGAACGACUUGCCCAUGUGUCAAUGCAAAGACAAGUGCGACGAAGACUGUACGAAUCGUGCAGCUUUCGUUGAGUGCAUUGGCAAUACAGGAGACAAAAAGGAAAAGCACUUCAACUGUCGUGUCGGCCCGGACUGUGGCAACCGCGCGCUACAAAUCGCUGCCAUUCCCAAGACCAAGGUGUUCAAGACGACCAAUGGCCGCGGCUUUGGGUUGCGCGUGCUCGAACCCGUUAAAGCCGGCGCGCUCGUGAUCGAGUACGUCGGCGAAGUCAUCACGGCGUGGAUGAAGCAGGACCGCAUGAUUGCGCACGCUGAAACGAGCCCAAACGAUCCCAACUACUACAUCAUGGAACUGGACAAGAACGUGUACUUGGACGGCCGUGUCAAAGGCAGCGACUCCCGUUUUAUCAACCACUCGUGCGACCCAAACUGCCACUUGCUCAAGUGGGAAGUCGGCGAGUACAAGCGCAUCGCGAUCACAGCGCUGCGCGACAUCGAAGCGGACGAAGAACUGUCGUACGAUUACCAAAUGGAAACGACGUCGACAGAAUCGUUCAAGUGUCACUGCGGCGCGCUCAGGUGCCGUGGGACAAUGGCCCCCGACAACUUGAACAAAGAAGCCCACGCCAAGUUGAAGUUGGAAGAAGACAAUGCAAAGAAACUAGACAAGAAGAAUGCAACCAAGAAGCGAAAGCGCACGACAACGAGGCCUGCGAUGGCCGCCGCAGUCGAACCACCAAGCUUCACGUCCAAGAGCUCGUCCCGACGACAUUUGGCUGCCGCCACUGACGAAAGCGACAUCAAGCAAGAGGAAAGUCCCAACGACAAAUCGGAGGACGCUACCGCCACCAACGAAUCCCCCACGAGCUCGUCUGACUUUGCCACUACCUCAGACGACGGUGUUCCUACGGACGGCACAACAUCGUCGACUGCGACGACACCAACGAGAGUGGAUCAAGUCAUGACGGCAAAACCUGACGGCCCUGACAAUGCCGCUGAAACGAGUGAAGAGGACGCAAGUCCUGCACGACCUAGCGGUGAUGUGACCGACCUGGCCGCCGGCACGGUCCUGAACCCCCACGAUGCAAAAUACCCUCCAAAGGAUAUAAAAGCCGAAGCUGCAGUGGUCGGAGAGCCACUUCCCAUGGCCCCCAUCAACUCACCGACAACGCUGUAAUGUGUGCAGCGUUUCGUGGGCCAUGAGUUGUUCGUGUGCUGCUCGACAUGCAAUGUAAGAAGUGAUUUGUUCCAAAGACGACAACUUAGAGUUGAGCGGUGGUGCUCGCUUGGGGUGGACGGGACGAUGUCGACUUGGCUCGGAAGGGUGCCACCUGCAUGAUGCGAUCGAACGCCCUUGAGAUUUGAAUGCUCUUCCUCGCG